CUGGUGAGAGAUUGUCCUGGAGUUAGAGCGAGCGAAUUAUCUUGGUGCGGGUUAUCUUAAGCCACUUCCGGUAUCUUAUAUAAACGUGCAAACCAACGCGACUACGGACUGCAGCAGUGUCCUUGAAAAUAUUUGGAAUAGAAAUCGGUGACUGGCGUUACACAACCAAGUAUUUUAGAGUAUGGGAAAUUUGUCGAAAAUUGUUGAUGCCCUCCCAGAUCACUAUGGGUGUGUCGUCUUCACUGGUCUGGCUAGCACAUUUGUUAACAUGUGGAUGGGUGUAAAUGUUGCCAAGGCCCGCAAGCAGUAUGAAGUGCCAUAUCCAAUUAUGUACAGUCCUGACAGCAAAAUGUUUAACUGCAUUCAGCGAGCCCAUCAGAACACACUGGAGAAUUACCCUCAGUUCCUGAUGCUGCUGUUUAUCGGAGGACUGCAGUACCCAGGAACCUCAGCAUGUGCAGGGACACUUUAUUACAUCAGUAGGAUCUUCUUUGCCAAGGGCUACUAUACAGGAGAACCUGAGAAGCGUCGGUGGGGAUCAUUCGGAUACAUUGGCCUGCUGACAAUGCUGGGCUGCACGGUGGGUGUCGCCCUCAGACAGCUCAAGGUCUUCCCAAAGUAACCGUCCAAGUGAUAGACAUCUGACAUUUUAUGUUGUGCUGUGCAUAAUUGAAUCAUUUAGCAUGUGUUGUUUGACAUUGAGAAUAUUUGGUGCCAUUUUUCUUUCAGUAAUGUACCAGUAUUUACAUUUGUUGAUUACUUUUGAGAUAUGCUGUAAAAAUUUGCAUAUUAUCUAUAGGUUGAUAUAAUUUACUGAAUGAAAGAGCGAACAGUGUUACCAGUGUUCACUAGUUGAUAAUAUUUCUUAUAACCAACAGUAAGUAUUGGAAAAAUAAACUUAGAGUACUUAGAAUUGAGAAUAAUCUGUAAGAUUUCAUGGUGACUGGAGACAUGCAUGACUGUGUUUUUAUAAUUUUUUCUUUGUAUUCAUUGUGUAGCCGGGCACUUAUGAUGGCCUUUGCACACUAGUCAGCACCAUAGAUUAUGUAUUCUAAGAAUUUUGGAAUUUGCUUUAUGUAUUGUAUUAAUGCCAAUUGUUAGGAUACUGUAAUCUAAUGCACACACUAUCCUGAAUAAAUUGACAUUUAAAUGGA